AAGGCAAAUUUUGUUUUCAUAGUCGUGGUUUCGGUCGAUAACAUACAAAAUUAGGGAUAAACAGAUUUGUUCGAAAAAAAAACUGAGUGGCGACUCGUUUCACAAUUAACGAUUGCUAGUUUUUCGCGAGUAGACAGACAAAAAUAAAACAACCGUAAGUACUCUGCAGGUGAAAAACAAAUCACACAUCGAAUCAACGCAACUACACAGGGGAAGCAGUGUAUCUGCGGAGCUUGCUGUAAGCAAUCAACCCACAUCCAGGACCAAGUGCGGAACCGGGGCGGGCGCCAGGAUCCUAUGCUCUCAUAGCAUGUUGCAUAGCGUCGCCAGAAUCCCGCUAGCGAACUAUCUGCGUUGCUGCACGUCCACGGCCAACCUGCGAAAAGUACCCCCACACCGCAGCGGUGUCGCUAGUCCCCAUUCGCUCGUCGAGCACAACUGUUGUCCGUUUUCAACCGGCCAUCCGCUGCAGGUGCACCAACUUACGGCGUCCCCCCCGACUUCGCCCCAGCAUCACCCGCUGGCGAGUAUCAACACGCAAGUACGUGCCUGCUCGAACAAGGGAGGAAUAACGAUGGACGCAAACUCAUCGGGAAGCUCGUCCAGCACGGAGAAGGAACCAAAGUUCACCAAUCGGUUAAAGCAGGAAAAAUCGCCAUACCUUCUGCAGCAUGCCCACAACCCAGUCGAAUGGUACCCUUGGGGCGAUGAGGCGAUCCAGCGGGCACGGGAUGAGAAUAAGCUGAUUUUCCUCUCCGUUGGCUACAGCACCUGCCACUGGUGCCACGUGAUGGAGAAGGAAUCGUUCGAGAGCGAGGAGGUGGCCAAAAUCAUGAACGAACACUUUAUCAACAUAAAGGUUGAUCGUGAGGAGCGCCCGGAUAUCGACAAGCUUUAUAUGAUGUUCAUUCUGCUCAUUAACGGGUCCGGAGGGUGGCCGAUGUCGGUGUGGCUUACGCCCGACCUUGCGCCCGUCACCGGUGGUACGUACUUUCCACCGAAAGAUCGCUGGGGUAUGCCCGGCUUUACGACCGUGCUGACGAAGCUGGCGAACAAGUGGUCUACCGAUAAGGAGGAUCUCACUAGGACCGGGCGAUCGGUAAUUGAAGCGAUCCGCCGAAACGUUGACCAGAAGCGAACGGAAGAAAUGGAGGACCCGACCGGUGUGGAGACACUGGAGACAAAGUUUAAGCAGGCGAUCAACAUCUACCAGCGUAACUACGAUCCGGUUUGGGGUGGUUCGAUGGAUGCACCCAAGUUUCCCGAAGCAUCCAAGCUGAACCUCAUGUUUCACCUGCACGUGCAGGAACCGAAGCACAAGGUGCUGGGGGUGGUGCUGAACACACUCGAUAAGAUGGCCGCAGGCGGUAUCCACGAUCAUGUGUUCGGUGGUUUUGCACGCUACUCCGUGGACAAAAAGUGGCACGUGCCACACUUCGAGAAGAUGCUGUACGAUCAAGGUCAGCUACUUUCACUGUACGCCAACGGGUACCGAUUGACAGGGAAACCGCUUUACCUCGCGGUGGGAGACGCGAUCUAUCGGUACCUGUGCAAAGACCUACGCCAUCCGGCGGGCGGUUUCUACAGCGGUGAAGAUGCCGACUCGUAUCCGACGGCGGAUAGCGCGGAAAAGAUUGAGGGUGCCUUCUACGCGUGGACGUACGGCGAGGUCAAGGAGAUUCUGCAGCGAAAUGCGGAAAAAUUCGGCGACCUUGGAAAGGUGAACCCGAUGGAAGUGUUUGCGGAGCACUACGACAUUCAGGAGGCGGGCAAUGUUGAACCGAGCAGCGAUCCACAUGGACACCUGCUCGGUAAGAACAUCUUCAUCGUGUACGGGUCGGUGCAGGAAACGGCGGACAAGUGUGAAACCACGCCGGAGGUGGUGGAGCGAAUUCUUCGCGUUGGCAACGAGCUGCUGCACGAGGUGCGAGAUAAGCGACCGAGGCCUCACCUGGACACGAAAAUAAUUUGCGCAUGGAACGGACUCGUCCUGUCUGGACUGUCGCAGAUGGCAUGCGUUAAGGAUGCGCCGGCGAGAAGCGAAUAUUUGGCCACGGCGAGCGAGCUGGUAAAGUUUAUUCGCGCGAAUCUGUACGAUGUGCAGGCAAGGAAGUUGCUUCGGUCGUGCUAUGGAGGCAGCGAAGAAACGCUAGCAUCAGAGCAUCCCAUAUAUGGAUUUAUAGACGACUACGCCUUCCUGAUCAAAGGACUAAUCGACUACUACGUGGCCUCACUGGAUGAACACGCAUUGCACUGGGCGAAGGAGUUGCAGGACAUCCAGGACGAACUGUUUUGGGACCCAAAGCAUGGUGCCUAUUUCUACUCGGAAGCAAACUCUCCCAAUGUGGCUGUGAGACUCAAGGAAGAUCACGACGGUGCGGAACCAUGUGGCAACAGUGUGGCCGCCCACAAUCUUCUCCUGCUGAGCGAUUACUUCGAAGAGGAGCGACUCAAGGAGAAGGCCCGUACACUGUUCGACUACUUCUCGCACACGACCCCCUUCGGUUAUGUGCUCCCGUCGAUGAUGUCGGCCGCCCUCCUGGAGGAGCACGGCAAAAACACCCUCAUCGUGGUCGGUCCGGAGAGUGCUGACGCGAUCGCACUCGUCGAUGCAGUGCGCCAAUUCCACAUCCCGGGCAUGAUCAUCGUGCAGCUGAAGAUCGAUCAACCGGCGCACAUCGAACGGCGCCGCAAGUCGCUGGACAACUUCAAGAUGGUCAAGAACAUGCCGACGGCGUACAUCUGCCACAACAAGGUGUGCCACCUGCCAGUGACGGAGCCGGAACGGCUUUCGGAAGAGUUCCAACCGCGAUACACGUUCGACUAUCUCGAGUACGAGAACUGAUUCUUCGAGGCCUAAGGUUUUCCAAUCGUUCGCGAAUAGCGUUAAACCACAACUAUUCCUUACCGUACCGAGGAUAAGAAAAUAAGAGGAUAGAUGUGACGACUGGACGAUGGAAAGCUGGCGGCCGUAAAAGGUGUGAGAAAAAAAAAUGGCGACGAUGGGAUGAAAUGAUGAAUGGCCAAUGAAAAUGGGACUCGAAACUAGGAUAAGCUAAUUUGUGAUGAACCGAGACGAAUAUCAAAUAUCAAAAUAUGUGUGCAUGUUUGUAUGGAGAAAAUACUCUCUUUUGCAUUAAGCGUUGUUUAAAAACAGCACUGUUAGAUAUUUGCGUUGUUUAAGUGCUUUAGAUAUGCCCACUUCAUCACGUCGAUCGCGAUCGCGCAAUGACAGUUAUCUGAAAGAUAUGAAAACUUUAUCGUUUAUUGUCCUUUACACUGGUAAGGGACAUGUUGUUGCUCAGAGAUAGACUUCGAUAGUUCAAAACAGUUCGAGUCUGCAUUCCCAGCCUUGGGGCAGUGAGAGAGAACCGCCGAUCAACGCGUUGUUAAUGUAAAAUCUCUCCCUUUUUGUUUCGUUGAUAAUUUAUUUAGCCCAGCAUCACGUGUAACGUAUAAAUGCAUCCGAUAACCAGUCAGCUUGUUUUUGUUUGCUUGAGGCUGUUUUUUUAGGGGAAGAAAAACAAAAUUUUAAAAAUAAAUGUGUUUUUUUUUGUAUUUCCUUAGUUGAGAGUUGAACGAUAUUCAAAUGCACACGAAAUAUAUUCUAUAAUAAAUACACAACCGUCAAGGAAUACACCGGACAUAAUCCUUUUUGUAGAAACGCGCGUGCCAAGUAGAAUGAACCGAAUUUUCUUUCAAUGUGAUGCCAUGUUUUCAAGCGAAAACCGUAGAUCAACUACCGUAAAGUACUAGAACCGAUGAUUAUCGAUAAAGGGCGAAGGUGUAACCUCCGUUUGGAAGGUAUCAUUUUUAAUAUGCAAUUUUUCAUAGACCGUAACGCCCACGUUUUAAUGUAGCGAUUUAAUGUUCCGGAUUUUUAAAUUUAUUCUUAGCACAAAGAACCAAUAGACAGGCAGCAGACAGGUGUCCAGACGGACGGCACAAUUGUUCCCUAUUGUCGUUUUGCAAUUGUUAUAUUUCGUAGUGGAACCGAGCACUCGUAUCGUACACACUCCACCGGAUAAAGUAAUAUUUACUUGGACGGAACGAAAAAAAGCGAAGCGGGUGAUUCCUAUACUAGGAAAGCAAAGCAACGUGUGUGGCAACAAUUUUAGAAAGUGAUUAAAAUUUACGAACCAUCAUAUUUCGAUCUUUUUUAUAUGAAUGCUUCAAUGCCACAUAGGGUAGGAUUUGAAUAAAAUGUUACCAUUUGCUAGA